AUCUGAGCGUGUUGCCAGCCUAGCCUUCGGCCAACCACUUCCUCUCUCCCCCGUUCAUCUCUUCGGUCUUCUCUUCCCACAUUCCCAUCCCCGUCAUUUGGACAAACGCCAAGUCGGCAAUCUUCUUCGGAGAUCGAUCGAACACCCCAUUCCCAUUCCCCCGUUUCCCGUUUGAUUCUUUGAAGCAGAUCGUCCUCGAUCUCGAUCCGGAUCUCGAUCCGGAUCUCGACCUAAUCGAGAUCCGGCGUCGGCGUUGCGGUGUGGUGGUGGAAGAGGGAGAGGAGGAAGGAUGGGGGAUUUCAACCUGGCGUUGCUGAUCGUGGCGGUGGUGGUAUCUGCGCUGGUGCUCCUGGUGAGCGUCUACCUCCUCGUCAACUACCAGCACCCGGACGACCACAACCAGGCCUACUUCCCCAAGCUCGUCGUCGUCCUUGGCAUCUCGAUCGCCGCGAUCUCCAUCCUCAUGCUACCCGCCGACGUCGCCAACCGCCAGGCCUGCCGGCACGCCAUCUAUAACGGUGCGUGCUCCCUCACCCUCCCCAUGAAGCAGCUCUGGCUCGCCGUCUACAUCGCCGAUGCCAUCCUCGUCUUCUUCGUCAUCCCCUUCGCCAUGUUCUACUACGAGGGCGACCAGGAUAAAGGCAUCGGGAAACGGUUGAAGAGCGCGCUGUUGUGGGUCGUGACCUCGGCCAUCGUCUGUGGGCUUCUGCUUGGAAUUCUCUAUGGACUAGUAGGUAAAGUGGACUUUACUGUUAGGCAUCUCUCUUCGUCAGCGGAAAGUUUCCCAAGUUCUUGGACAGGAUUCUCGAGAUCUCAACCUUGUAUAAGCUCAAGUCGCCUGUGUGAUGCCUAUAUAGCACCUGCUACUUCAGAAAAAACUUGGACAAUGCGAACCAGCUUCCCAGAAUAUGUGGUUGCUCUUGCAACCAUUGUUGGAUCAGUGCUUUUUACAAUAUUUGGUGGAGUUGGAAUUGCUUGUCUUCCACUGGGCCUCAUAUUUUCAUUCAUACGGCGUCCCAAGGCUGUCAUUACUCGCUCACAGUAUAUAAAGGGGGCAACUGAUUUGGGAAAGAAAGCUAGAGAACUGAAGAAAACAAUUGAAACUCUCCAUCAGGAGGAGAGAAGUGGAUCUAAGGGAAGAAAAUGGCGCAAAAAUCUGAAGGAAGCUGAAAAGGAGUUGUUUCUCUUGGAAGAUGACAUGAAAGCUCUGGAGGAAAUGUAUCCUCAAGGAGAGCAGGCAGAGACUGUCUGGGCUUUAACAGUUCUUGGCUACUUAGCAAAAUUUGUACUUGGUGUUGUUGGGUUGAUUGUUUCGGUGGCUUGGGUUGCACACAUUGUGAUAUACUUGCUAAUUAACCCUCCACUUUCUCCUUUCUUAAAUGAAGUGUUCAUCAAGUUGGAUAGCGUAUGGGGUUUGCUUGGUACAGCAGCAUUUGCAAUUUUCUGCUUUUACCUUCUUCUUGCAGUGAUAGCUGGUGAAAUGAUGCUUGGUCUGAAAUUAGUUUUUUUCACCAUCCAUCCAAUGAAGUGGGGAGGAACAUUGAUGAACUCAUUCCUUUUUAACGUGGGAUUGAUUCUACUUUGCUCCAUCAGUGUGAUUCAGUUCUGCGCUUCCGCUUUUGCUUACUAUUCACAAGCAACUGCUGCACAGGAGAUAUUUGGCCAUACUUUGCAGUCUCUUCGCGGAAUCAAGUACCUGUACAAGUAUAAUGUAUUUCAGUAUGGUUUUGUCGGCUUUGCAGUACUCACACUCUUCUAUUAUGCUGCAUUUGGAUGGAGGAAAAGAAAACCAACCGGCAGAUUCCAGUUCUCUAAUUGACGCGAAACAUCGGGGUGCUAUUUCCUGGCUUAAGCUUCUUUGCUCCAUAUAAAAUAUCCUAGGUGCAGGAAUCGUCCAUACAACUAUUUGAAGAGCCAGCUGAUCACAGUUCAUGUGGAAUAGCAAGGUUGGGUUUCUGAGGACCGAAUGAGCAUUUCAAUGACUAGUCCAGGUUCCUUGUGAUCGAUUGUAAUGUGUUUGUCUUGGUGCUUUAUUCUUGUCGUUUGUUCGAUCUGACUUUUCUUUCGCUGUAUUUUUUUAUGUAUGCCCGCGUAAUUGUUGGAGAAAUAUGUAUUUUUUGGAUCUUGCUAGGGUGGUGGAGUGUGAUCACUGUUGGACUGUAGUGCGAGGUAGCGUUUAACUACAUUGUUGUUCGUUUUUGAUGAAUUUGUAUGUAAAGAUUUCUCCGCUUGUUUA